AUGGGUUUUCUAGGACUCUCAAAGGGCGAUGCCAGGGCCUAUUACUUGGGAACCCUCGUCUGCCUCGGCGGGUUUCUCUUCGGCUAUGACACUGGGGUCGUUAGCGGAACGAUCACUCUAGAGUCGUACAAGAGAUCCUUCGGCUAUACGGACGCGAGCGAAGACACCAACGCCCGCAUCUCCUCAUUGACGGUUGGAUUGCAACAAUGUGGCUCAUUUGUGGGAUGCUUCGCGAUUUUCCCGAUGGCCUCCCGUUUCGGUAGGAAGCUGUCAAUGCAGCUAUCCGCCUUGGUAUUUGUGAUCGGGGCUGCUAUUCAAACUGGUGACACCCAUGACCUUGCAAGUUUCUACGUCGGACGCGUCGUGGCCGGCCUGGGAGUCGGUGGGGCAUCAGUGUUGGUGCCUUUAUAUGCAUCAGAGAUGUCGCCUAAGAGACUGCGGGGGCGCAUCGGGAGUGGGUAUCAAUUUCUUUUUACGGCCAAUUAUGGCGUCAAUAAACAUAUCAGUCCGAGAUUGGAAAAGCAAUGGCAGAUACCCAUCUCUAUGCAGAUCAUUCCAGGAGCAUUGCUCGGUCUUGGUAUGAUCACCGUUCCCGAAAGCUGCCGGUGGCUCGUACAACGAGAAAGAUGUGAUGAGGCAUGGGAAUCUCUCACUUGGAUCCGGGCCUCUCACGGCGCCGAAGUGCAGGACGAAAUGAAUGAGAUCGUGACUACUGUGGUUCUCGAAAGAAACUGCAGUCGCAACAUCCUCCGCUCGAGAGUAUCGCUAUACCGGCUGAUGCUGGCCUUCACUGUGAUGGUCGCACAGGUCUGCACGGGCGCGAAUGCUCUGGCGUACUUUUCACCUCAGUUCUUCAAAUUAGUGGUGGGGGAUGGAACGGAUAAUCUUCUCAUUUCGGGUAUCUUUGGUGCGAUCAAAAUUGUUUCGUGCGGCGUCUUCAUCUUUUUUCUCUCGGAAAAGAUGGGCCGUCGAGCCUCCUUCUGUGGCGGGGCCAUCCUCAUGUCUGCCUGUUUACUUUGCGUUGCAAUCGUCGAUAAGCUUGAGCCUCCUCUGGGCGAUGGAGUCGUGAGUGGUGCUGGUAUUGGCGUCAUCGCGUUAUUGUUCUUGACGAUCAUCGUGUACAACAUGUCAUGGGGUCCUCUUGGCUGGAUAUACAUUGCAGAAGUUCUAUCACCGAGCACUCGUGAUCUAGGAGUUGCUAUUUCGUUAGGAACUCAAUGGAUCUUCAACAUUAUCUGGUCGGUCUCGACCCCAUACAUGAUUAACAGCCUAGGAUGGGGCACGUUCCUCUUUUUCGCGAUCAUCAACGCCUGCAGCGCUGUAUUUGCAUGGUUUUUUGUUCGAGAGACAAUGGGGAAAUCUCUGGAAGAGAUGGAAAAGGAAUUCAAUCCGGAUAUCUAUGACGAGAACAGCGAGAAAUCAAUGGUUUAG